GUUAAUGUGAUCAGUGAUCAUAUGUGUUAUUAGCCUAUUUGAACAACGUUUAGGCUCCAGGCGGACACUACACGUGCCAUUGGGGAACUGUUUACGUAAUGACUAUGCUACUUCGCAACUUUUCAGCGAGGGUUGCCUCCAGCUGUGGAAAGCUGUGUCCGAUGGCUCUGAAGAAAGCUGUGCUUUUCAACUUAUGGGGUGGUGUCCUCAAAACUCGCCCGUCCCAGGCAUUUCUGACAUACGAGAAAUCGCUCUGUCUUCCCAGUGAUUUCAUAUCAAAGGCCCUUGCUGCAGAUACAGAUGGGAAGGAGAAUGCCUUAGUUCGAGCUGAGAGAGGAAAGCUGUCCUUACAGCAGAUGUUUACUGAGCUGGAGGAGGCCUGUAAGAAGGAGGCCUCAGCUCAAGGGCUGUCCCUGCCAGAUGAGUUCUCCCCAGUGAAGCUCUUUGAGGAGGUCCAAGAUGUGGACUUCCAGAAGCCCAUAUUGGAGGCUGCUGCAGCUCUCCGUCAUCAAGGGGUUGUCACGGGUGUGCUGGCUAACCUGUGGGUCGAUGACACCCCUCAGCGCCAUCACACGGCCCAGAUCCUGUCUGUCCUGGAAGGACACUUUGACCUGGUGCUGCGCUCCUGCUUCACAGGGGCCCGUGUGCCUGAGGCGGCCAUGUUCAACGCGGCCUUGGAGAAGCUCAGCCUCACACCUCAGCAGGUGGUGUGGGUGGACACUGAGGAGGAGAGUGUGAAGGCCGCAGAGGGCCAGGGGAUGGCUGCUGUGCUGCUCAAGGACCCGAGCGCCGUUCUCAGCCAGCUGCAGACACACACUGGAGUGGAGGCUGACAGCACAAAAGAUGGACUCCCUGCUGCUUGUAAUCCUGAAGAUGUCACUCAUGGAUUUGUCAACAUCAAGCCUGGGGUUAAGAUCCACUUUGUGGAGAUGGGGGACGGCCCCCCCGUCCUGUUGUGUCAUGGCUUCCCAGAGAGCUGGUACUCGUGGAGAUACCAGAUCCCUGCCCUGGCAGAUGCUGGAUUUAGAGUGUUGGUUCCAGAUCUGAAGGGAUUUGGGGACUCCUCUGCACCAGAGGAGAUUGAGGAAUAUUCCCAAGAAGCGCUCUGUCAGGACGUGGUGACAUUCAUGGAUAAAUUGGGAAUUCCUCAAGUGACACUGAUUGGCCACGACUGGGGUGGUGCCCUCGUCUGGAACCUGGUGCAGUGCCACCCUGAGCGAGUGAGGGCAGUAGCUUCCCUCAACACCCCUCUCUUCCCGGUGGAUCCCAACAAAAACCCCAUGGAGGGGCUCAAGGCCAUGCCCAUUUUUGACUACCAAAUCUACUUCCAGAAGCCUGGUGUGGCAGAGGCUGAAUUGCAAAAGGACCUGGAGCGAACCUUCAAGAUCUUCUUUUCUGCAAGUGAUGAAGCGGGUAAACGGCCCAAUGUCAGCACAGCCAAAGUCUGUGAAAGAGGUGGGCUGUUCGUGGGACUCCCAGAGGAGAUUCCAAGGAGCCACAUGCUCUCUGAAGCGGCGCUGAAGUACUAUGUCCAGCAGUACACCAAGAGUGGAUUCAGGGGACCCCUAAACUGGUAUCGGAAUGUGGAGAGAAACUGGCGCUGGUUGUUGUCACGGCCCAGGUCAAAGAUCCUGGUGCCCUCUCUAAUGGUGACUGCCGGAAAAGACCCUGUGCUUCUUCCAGUCUUUACUCAUGCAAUGGAGAACAUGAUCCCCAAUCUGAGCCGUGGUCACAUUGAGGAGUGUGGACACUGGACCCAGAUGGAGAGACCAGCUGAGCUGAACAAGAUACUCCUGGGCUGGCUCAAGGAAACACACGAGAAGGCCUCCGUUGCUGUCGUCCCCAAGUUAUAAACAGAAUUCUGUGUGCAUUUCCUGUGCGAUAGAUAAGGAAUUAUGCAAAAGAAAAAGUGGGUUAUGUUUUUUUCUUUUUUUUGUAUUUUUUGUUUUGCUUUGCAUUAACCACAUGACAUGUAUUUCUGUCAGGAAGUGAACAUUCCAUGUACCAUGUAAAUCCCCCAAAUUCAUCGGCACAAUCACCCCAUUCUCCUUGUGUGGGCGGAACAUCACUUUAUCCGGAAUGUUCUGUUAUUGUUGUGUAUGAGUGGGAGGAUGUAGAUGUGGGGAUGCCACAUCUACACGAGCUGAUUAGGCAACGUGAGACUGAGAUUCUAAAGAUUCCCUGUGACCAAGGUCAAACCAGUUCAUGAGACUGUUUGGUGUGAGGGGAAAAUGAAAAAGAUGGACUUUAACCUUUUGUUGUUUUUGCUUUGCUUUUGCUACACUUUUGAAAGGACUCUUCUGUUAAAGCUUAACCUAGUUUGUAAUGUUCCUUAUAAUUGUUACUUUGAUUCUUUUCAUUUGUAUACUUCUGUUCCAGUAGCUGGUGUGUAAAUCAUGUUGUAUGGCGAUAGAAAUGUUCUUAACCCAGUUUUGAUGUCAUUGGUUCUUAAUUAGCUUGUAUUGACAAAGGCAUGUGUGUGUGCAGGGAGGUGCAGUGACACAAUGAUACUAUGAUAAGAUGUGAGGUAUAAAUGUGUGUGAGAAACACUGAUUCUCUUUGGUGCACAGACACGGUCUCUGUAUCCUGAUUGCCUGAUGCAUAUGAGACCUCUCUGCAGAGAUUAAUAAACUACUAACGAGAAAGACAAAA